AUGGACAACCCACGUCCCUACACCCCCUCUCGUAGUCAGAGCAGCGGUGAUGCGCCGCUGCUCGCAACGCACUCGAUCAAACAAACGGCUUCCGACCCUGUCAAUGCCGUCUCGCCGUCCCAGUCCAGGGAUGCCGCACGCGACGCUUUGUUCGAGGGUCACGCUGCAGACAAACAUGACGGAGCAGCGAGCUCGGGCCGACUAGACAAUCAAAAGCCCGAGGACGACACAAACAUUGCCCCGCCGAUCGCUUCAGGCACGUCUCGAGAGGCGUUCGCACAGCUUCAUCCAUCAGGCUCCAACCGACAGUCCGAGACUGUCGCCUACACCGCAGCCGCUGCCGCUCGAGAACGCAGCCUAGACAAGCACGGCCGAUUCGAGGCCGAAUUCGACCCAAAUGCACGCACUUCCAUCGGAUCCUCGGCACAGUCGCCGGCAACACUCCUCAAGAGCCUGCCGGAAGCAGCAUCCAAAACGCUCGAGACCACAAUCACGGCCCCCGCGCGCACUUUCGAUGCCAUCAAGUCAAAGCUGCAGACACCCAGCACAGCGCAAAAGAGCAAGAGCGAGAUCCCCAAUGCCAUCAGCGAAGUCGAACGCGACAUGAGCGGCAACCGCGACGCACCCGGCGCCACUGCAGAAAGCGCAGACGUCUCGACUCCCUCCCCUCCCCCUGCAGCAACUCAGAAGAAGCCCACCAAGUCUGGCUCGUUCACCUCCUUCCUGCGCGGCCGCAACAACGCUUCCAACUCUACCUCGACACUCAUGCAGCGUGGCCCCGGGAAGGAAGAGCUGCCUCGUAGCUCUUCCCUGACGGCGCGCAAGUCGCUGCGUAAGAAGGGCGCAUUGCAGGAAGCAUCGACCAACGGCGGCCAUUCAGAUGUUCACGAGGAGCAGGAAGAGGACGAGGAGGUCGUUCGUCAGAGGAUCAGGGAUCAGCAGAAGCGUCUCGAGGACUUGGAAGAGGCGCAGACGCUCGGUCUGCUUCGUACUCAGAAGGAGGCCGGCAUCGAGCCUCCGCCUUCUCUCGCAUCCCCCACCAAGCCUUCGAAGCUGAUCGGACUGCCUCGCUUUGGCCACUUCAACGGCUCGCCAAACGCUGCGGACGACGAGUCGGACCAUGCCGAGGGCUCGUCGUCGCGCAGGAGCAGCUUUCAUCUUCGCAGAGGCCGUAGAAUGGAGCGAGACCAGUCCGACGCGACCGCAAAGGUCGAUAACGACGGACAUGCAUCCGACUCGGAAGGCCUUCGUCGAGCCAACUCCGAAAAGGUCAAACACGGCCGUACUUCCAGUCGCGGCCACAGUACACCAGCACGCUCCGCUUCGGCCUCCCGUGCGGGGCGCAGCCGAAGCAGACGACGCGACGACGACCAGGCUCACACUCCUCGCCGAGCCGGCUCUGGCAAGUUCGGGCCGCCCCGCCGCUCAUCGACCACAUGGGCCUCGAAGCUUCGCACCAAGAUCCCCAUCAAAGAGUUCCCGCUCCAGGGAAGCGGGCGCGAGUCGGAGUUCAAUCAGGAAUGCCCCAUCUGGGCCCGUCAGCCGUACAAGUAUCUCUACUUCACCUAUUUUGGCCUCAGCGUCGGCUUCUACUACCUUCCACGCUGGGCGCUCUCGUCCACGAUCCCCUCGCAUCGCGGACGCCGCGACUGGAGCUGGAAGAAGGCAACCAUGGUCAAACUCUACCGCCACGGCACGCAGCUCACCUUUCGCACGCGCACCAGUCUCGGACGCGAUCUGCAGAAGGAGGUUCCGCACAGUAAGACGGUGCGCUGCAAAUUUACCUGGGUCGAGCCGGUGGCAGACGACGACGUGAGGGGCGAGCUCAGGCGCGCCAUGCUCGCGCAAAAAGUGGACCCGCAACGCACGUGCGGCUUCUGGUACGGAGAUGUGCCGGAGCACGCUCGACAUUGCAAACGCCGCCGCAACGGCUCGGCCAAUCAGUCGGGCGGGGGAACGCCCGACGGCGGCACAGCUGCCCAGGAGCAAAGCGACCCCAUGCAAGAAUCCAUGGCGAGCCUUGGAGGUGCUUCGCAGCGCACGGCCCAGAGCGACCUAUGCUGUGGCGUGGGUCGGCCGGCCGAGCCCGGCGAGAAGGUGCUCUACCACUUACACGGGGGCGCGUACUGGAUCGGAACCGCGCACGAAAAGGACGUCACUGCGGCGGUCAACACCGAGAGCCUGAGGUACAUGGCAGAGAUCUACAAGCAGCGCGAGGCGGAGCAGAAGAAGACGUCGGAGCAAGCCAACGGUGCCUCGGCAUCGCCUGGAUCCGAGUCGCAAUCGGGCGCGUCCGCUUCGGCGUACGACGGCAAGCUGCUGCGGUCGUUCAGUCUAGACUACCGACUGUGCGUGCCCGGUCGUCCUCGCUCGGGCUCGUAUCCUGCGGCGCUUCUGGACGCGCUCAGCGGCUACCUAUACCUCGUGCGUGACCUCGGCUUUGAUCCCGAAAACGUCAUCAUCGCCGGCGACAGUGCGGGCGGCAACCUGGCACUGGCGCUGUGCCGGUACCUGCGCGACGAGCGCGGCGAGGUGGCGUCGAUGCCUGGUGCGCUGCUGCUCAUGUCGCCAUGGGUCGACAUCUCGCGUUCGCACUCGGGACCGACGCGCGCACCCAACCUCGACUCGACGGUCUACACCAAUCAGAAGUCGGACAUCAUCAGCAGCAUGCUCGCCUUCCGCAACACGGCGGUCUCGGCGUUCCUGGGCGAUCUUCCCGCGCGCGAGACGUAUCGCAAUCCGUACAUGUCGCCCGUCUCGCUGCAGCUGCCGCUCGAGCGCGGUGGGAGUGCACCGCACUACGGAUUCCACGGCUUUCCCAAGCGCAUCUACAUCACGAGCGGAUCAGCCGAGAUCUCGUAUGAUCAGCAUCUGACGCUGGCGCACCGGCUCGCAGCAGGCACCAAGAAGGGCCGACCGGUGUAUGCGGGCGACCGGCUGUCGGCGGGAUGCAAUGCGGUCGAGAUGGCCGAACGCAGGGAUCGUCCGAGGCCAAAGGAGAUGCUGGAUGUCGAGCAGGACGCCAUCACCAACACGCCGCUAGACGAGCUACAUGGCUUGCACCUUGAGCCACCGACCAGCGACGACGCCGCGCACAAGCCGCAAUCACCAGCAGCGGGUGGCAAGGAGCGAUUUGCAGCAUCGCCGCCGCCCGAGCCAGAGGGCAAGGAGGAGCGCGUGGUGAUCUUUGACGAGGUCAAGGACGCGGUGCACGACUACCUGCUCUUCAAGUGGUUUGAGCCCGAACGCUCCAACACGUGGCGCCGCGUGGCAAAAUGGAUCGACGAGGCUUGA